AUGGCGGGGCGGGCCGCGGCCGCGGGCGCCGCCGCGGCGCACGGGGCCGCCGGCCCGAGGCCGUUGCUCCUGCCGCUCGUGCUCGCCUUCCUGGCGCGGGGCGUCUGCGGCGGCGUCAGUAAGGACGCCGUCGCGCACGUGCAGUGCCAGGUCUGUGAGCAGGCCGCGAGCGAGGCGGUCGAUUUCGCAAAGGAGAACGCGAUCAAGGACGAGGACGGUCUCGCCGACAUGGUGGAAGGGCUGUGCUCCUCCAAAAAAAAGGAGGGCAGAUGGGUCGCGAGGUACGACGUCACCCGCAAGGGAGCGGACGCCCAGCUCGCCAUCGAACGGCAGGACGGCCUAGGCAACUGCAACUCCGAGUGCCUCAUCAUCAUCCGCGCCUGCGAGGCCGCGCUGAAGGGGCAGGACGACGCGCUCACGUCGCUCCUGCUGGCCGGCAAGGACGCCAGGCAGAUCAGGAAGAAGAUCCGGGAAGUCCUGCGACAAGAAGAGGAAGCUGCCCAAGCUCCCGCAGUGGACCGACGAGGCAUUCGACCCCAGGGACGAGAAGGAGCUGGAGACCGAGGACAUGAUAGCGAAGAUGAAGGCCGAGACGGGCAUGGGCAUGAAGAUGUACAAGCGCGAGGACAUGCUCAGCAUGUCGGAGGGAGACAUGGAGGCGAUGGCGGCGCGCGAGGCGCUGGCGCAGGAGCGGGCCGCCGAGAGGAUGAGAUCCACGAGAUGUGA